AUGAAAACUACUAUUAUUCCGCAACUUCGACGAAUAUCAACUCAUAAAUCUAUAUUGAAUAAAUAUCGUCUUAUUAAACGCAAAAACAAAAUUCCAGAAGGCAAAGCAUCACAUACACUUUAUUUAGCUGGUGUCUAUCGUGGUGGACAUGAUGUACUUGUUCGAGCAAAAAUGGCAUUGGGUGGUACAACAGCAGAUCCAGGAGCGCAAGCAAUUGCCAUGCAAUUAACAAUACGUUCGACGGAUGAAUCAGCUGUGCAUGUUAUUGCUUCAGCAGUCGAAUAA